AUGGAUAUCUUAUUGAAUGGUUAGAGAGUUUCGGUCCAUGAAUCCAUAACUUUUUAGUAAUUAUAACAACAAAUGGGUAUUUUAAAUAACAGAGAUGUAAGAUUAUGUAAAAAUGGAUAACCAUUGUUUGUGGAUCCAAAUACUUUGAUCAAAAACAUUCUAUAGCCUAAUGAUUAAAUUACAACAGUAAACAUAAAGGAUCUAAAUGGAUAACCAAAUAUGGUUAAUCAACCUUAUCGAUAACCAGCUAACACUACUCCAACAUUACCAUAAAAUUUUUAAAAUCAAUUCAAUCCUUAAAUCAAUUCAUAAAUCAGGGCCACAAAUAUAGUUACAAAUUAAGAAUAAACACAAUUUAAGAAUGGAAUCUAAUUUGGAACGAACCCUUAUUUUGGUUAAUAAUAAAUUUAGCCUUAAAUUAUAUCACCAUCAUAAUUUACAAAUCCAAAACCAUAGUAGUAAGUAUUCUAAUAAAAUAUUCCUUAAUCAUAAACAAUUUAACCAAAUAUUAAUUUAUAAAACUAAAAAGCUCCUCAAAUUUAUCAAUAAGAUGAUGAUAUUUUCGCAACAUAAGCUUAAUAAUAAAAUCAUUAGGAAGAAGUAGAUGUUUUUGCAACAUCAUUUUAAUUUUAAAAUUAUGAUGAAUAAAGAUUAAAUUAUUUGAAAGACAAAAAUAUUAGUCCAGGAGAUAAAUAGUAAUUAAAGUAUUUAUUUUAGGCUUAAAUUUGAGAGAGAUAAUUAUAUUUUUACUAUAGACAAUUUUGGAGAUGAACUAAUUAUUCAAAAAAGUGAUUAAUCAUUUUAUUUGAAAUUAAAUAGUUCAUUUUAAAUGAAAUAAAAAAGAUAAAUAGAUAUUCAAAGUAAGGAUUUGUUUGAAAAAAAUUUAAUUUUCUAUCUUAAUUAUACUAGAGUAGCAUGGAUUCAACAUUAGGAUAUAUUGGCUGUGUAAUUUAACAACGGCAACAAAAUAUAUUUGAAAUUAUUUAUGGAAUGAUUUCAAAAUAUAAAAUUAUG